CUAUUGACAUCACAUUUGAAGAUCCCCAACCGAGGAGAAAGAAGAAGAAGCCCUCUAAAAAGUUCGCAAACUGCAGGCUUCCAGUUAAGAAUGCCAGCUCAAAGAAAACCUGAGGAAAUUGUCCCAACACUACUGGAUCGUCUGAAAAAAGUUAGGGAUGCAUUAGGACCCAUCAAUGAGAAAUAUGAGAAAAUAGUUUCGGGAUUUGAAGAAAUUGAGACUGAACUUGAAAAGAUGAAAGAUUGGGAAGGGGAACUCAUAAAACGGUUCAGAACUUUGGUGCAAUACAUCGAUAUUGAUGUUUGGUUUGAUAGAUUGAAGCAUGGCAACGCUGAUGAUAUUCUUAAUGGUCUGGAGCUCAUCAGAAACAGUGUUGCAUCUGUAAAACAGCUCUUUCCGGCAAAAGAAAGUCAGGUGACAGAAAUAACACGUUCUGAAGAUCAGGCUGUUGGGAAGGAUCAGACAACGUCUGAAGAUCAGGCUGUAGGGAAGGAUCAGACAAUGCCUAAAGAGUGGUCGAGGCUUGGUGUGGAGGAAAAAAUUUAUGUUAGCAAAGUAAUAUCAGAUUUUCGGAAAAGUUUUGACUGUCUGAAGAACAAUCAACUGAAAGUAUGCUCCUUGUGCCUUUCAAUUUUCCCAGAGAAUAGCAUCAUAAACAAGAGACCCCUUAUUUACUGGUGGAUAGGAGAAGGUAUGGUCACUAAAACCUCAGAAAAGACUGCAGAGAAGGUUGGAGAAGAUGUCUUUGGACAAUUGAUAAAUGAAAGCUUCAUAAUUCCCAAAUUUGAGAAUCAUUCUUCCAGUAUAAACAGUUUUACCGUGUGCCCUUGGAUUCGAAGAAUGCUGAUCUCGGUUGCAAAAGGACUUCACUUUUUUGAAUUUACUCCCUCAGGGAUGCUUCGCAAUGAUCAUCGUCGUGCAUUCUUAUUUGCAGGUCCUGAUGAUCAUGAUCCAACCAGUGCAAUGACUGAUGAUACUCUUACGGUUUUCAAUCUGAAUUAUCGAUAUCUUCAAUUUAAACCUGAUUGGCUCUCGAGGUUGAAUAGGGUUGAGGUUCUUCAGUUGGGCCGGUGGCAAAACUCUGUUGAGCAUCAUAUUGAAGUGGAAAGUGAAGAUUUGAUAGUUGAGUCAAAGAAGAAAAAGAAAGUGCAAUAUGAAGUCUCUUUGAAUGGUUUGGGAAGUCAGACAUCCCUAAGAUAUCUAAGCCUCAGAGGCGUUUCUAGAUUGACUAACCUACCUCGUUCUGUGCUUAAACUAAUAAGCCUUGAGAUUCUUGAUUUACAUGCAUGUCACAGUCUAGAGAAACUGCCUUCUGAUAUAUCAGCACUCAGAAAUCUUACUCACUUGGACGUGUCAGAAUGUUACCUGCUCGAAAGCAUGCCUGACGGUAUUCAUAAGCUCUCUGCUCUUCAAGUACUAAAGGGUUUUGUGAUCGGACGUGUUGGAAGAAAUCCGUGCAAGCUAAGUCAACUUGCUCAGUUAAAAAAUUUAAGGAAAUUGAGCAUACGAAUUGGGAAUGAAGCUGUAGGAGAAGGGGAGUUUUCAAACUUGAAGGACUUUAAAGCCCUGGAAAUUCUGGUAAUAUCAUGUGGAGCACAUACAGAAGCUGCUCUAAAGACCAUCUCAGUCCCACCAAAACUUAAGAAAUUGGACCUCUGGUGCAUCCCUUUGCAAGAUAUGCCUGAUUGGCAAGAGCCUGGUGCAUUACAAAAUUUGGAAAAAUUAUACAUCAGGGGAGGUGAACUCGAAAGCUUAAAGAACCAAGGUCAACAAACCUGGAAAGUUAAAAUUUUGCGUUUGAAGUAUCUUAAGAACUUGAAAAUUGACAAGCAAGAAUUACAAACAAUGUUUCCUGAGGUGGAGUACUUGGAGAAAGUCAAAUGCAACAAGAAGAUUGUUCGAGAUGAACAUGAUCCAGAUAAGAAGAUCGUUCGAGUUGAAUAUGAUCCAGAUAUCACAUGGAACAAAAGGCAGCAUGAGAAAGCAAUUGUAGCAACUACUUGAUGUUUUCGGGAGAAGUAUGCAGCUGUGUGAUAGUCUUUGUAUGCCUCUUGGACAGUUGCUUGUGACUUAUCUAGGACUUUCAAUAACCUCUUCAGGCUGUCUUUUGCUGAUUGGAAGGUUAUGAUAGAUUGUCAAGACAAUGAUCAUGUAGACAGACUUCUGAAGUUCAUUGUGUUCUAAAUAUUCGUUUGUA